AUGAACAUCGCCGACUUGGGCAUCAUUAUGUUCUAUGAAGACGCCAAUAAGAGAUUGAUUGCUAUCGAAGAUUACAAUAUGGUCCAUACGGCACUCACACAGAUGUCGUAUGAGAAGAGGAAGGAGGAGAUGACAGAAAAGGUGUUUUGUUUCGUUAGUCCGCGAGAAGGACUUCCUCAGAGACACGGCAUGCACUUCACACAUUCCUCGCCUCCUCUGAUCGAGGUCCGCCGACAUAUCUGCUCGCGCAUCUCGAGUACCGCAGUAUAUUUGAAGGCACAAAAACCCGUUAGCCGCUUUCUCAGGCCUUUGCUUCCUAUAAGAAAAAUGCUUCCUGGGAAAAAAUACCCCCAAAGGUCGCAAGAGUAUCGCCGAGUUGGAUGCGAAGGACCCAGACUAGCCGGGAACAUUAGUACCGUUCUCCAAGAAUCAGUCGAUAUCUCUCUCAGCGGUGGUCCAUAG